AUGCUGAGCCGUUUUGUCUGCCCCGGACGCAAGAACGGCCGCGACGAUGCUGGAGAGUGGAUUGUCUUUGAGGAGCCCAAAGCAAACACAGAGCGCUUCUUCAAUCAAAUAGCCGAGCAUGCGCAACAAGGGGCGGAAGAGAGUACUCGGAUCCUAGCGCUGUCGGCGAAUUGCGCAGAUGCUGCCGUAGCGUCUGGUUUGGCGCGUGCCUUUAACGUGAAAGAUGCCGACGCUUUCAAACUGAAAGUCGACGAGCGAUGUAUGCUAGUAGCGAUUGGCGUAGUUGGAUGCAGCAGUGGGCCUUUCUCGGUGGAGCUCGGCGGCCACAGUCCACAAUGGCGAGGCGCUUGGAAUUUCUCCGAUGUCUGACUUCUUUCCCUGCUUUGCGCAGCAAGGUUUUGCUUUUUGGGUGUUGUACUACUUUUACGCUGCUCCUAAGGAGAUAAGGAAGACUUUCUAAGAAGACGCUCACAGGUAUUUGAUUUUAUGAUGUGUGCCUUUGGCUUUAUAUCGCGCCCUUGUGCGAUGAUGUCGGUGUGUAUGAUUGAUCUCUCUUUGCUAGUGCAAAAAAAGGUCGAUGGACGUGUCGCAUCUUAGUUUCCAUUCCCCGCUUGAAGAAGAGUGUGAAGUCAAAAUUCCUUAUACCGUUGUAUUGUCGUAACUCCGUUUCGUUUGAAUUGUAAUUGUCUAAUCAACACUUUGGUCCCCUUUACACGAUGAAUUUCAAUUUGAUAUCUAGAGUUUUCUCUUCUCGGCAGAAGAAAACGAGGGUCUUUCACCGUGGCAAAAUGCUUAUAGAUAGUAAUCGAUCCUGAAACCAAGAUUCUAGCCUUCAUGAUGUGCCACUUAUAUCCGCAAACUUGAAAUAGAUCGGUUUGCUGAAAAACUGCGCGUGAUAUCCAGAUCGUCACUUCUUCAGUUACUCGGUGUACCAUUUGCUGCGUUGUGUCUGUAUGGAAGACCUUCAGCAGAUCUUCAGACAAUAUCAACGAGAGUUUCUGUGCUCAAACCAC